AUCACAAAAUUAAUAUUCCUUCUUCUUAAUUAAGUUAUUAAUUAUUCGCAGUGAUGGCAAUCGUAGGAGGCCUUGUCGAUGUUCCAUUCGAAAACAAAGUCGAGUUUGAUGAUCUUGCUCGUUUUGCUGUCCAAGAUUACAAUCAGAAAAAUGAUUCUAGUUUGGAGUUUAAAAAGGUUUUGAACGUGAAGCAACAAAUAGUUGCUGGAAUAAUGUACUAUAUAACAUUUGAGGCAACUGAAAGUGGAAACAAGAAAGAAUAUGAAGCAAAGAUUUUGCUGAGGAAAUGGGAGGACUUGAAGAAAGUUGUAGGAUUCAAGCUUGUUGGUGAUGAUAGUACAAAGCCUGGGGGCAUUGUCAAUGUUCCAAACCCAAACAAAACUGAGUUCCAAAAGCUUGCUCGUUUUGCUAUUCAGGAUUAUAAUAAGAAACAGAAUGCUCAUUUGGAGUUUGUAGAAAAUUUGAAUGUUAAAGAGCAAGUUGUUGCUGGAACCAUGUACUAUAUAACACUUGCGGCAACUGAUGCUGGAAAGAAGAAAAUAUAUGAAGCUAAGAUUUGGGUGAAGGAAUGGGAGGACUUCAAGAAAGUUGUAGAAUUCAAGCUUAUUGGCGAUGAUAAUGCAAAGUUUGGGGGCAUUAUUAGUGUUCCAUUCCCAAACAGGCCCGAGUUCCAAGAUCUUGCUCGUUUUGCUAUUCAGGAUUAUAAUAAGAAAGAGAAUGCUCAUUUGGAGUUUGUAGAAAAUUUGAAUGUUAAAGAGCAAGUUGUUGCUGGAAUGAUGUAUUAUAUAACACUUGCGGCAACUGAAGCUGGAAAGAAGAAUAUAUACGAAACUAAAAUUUGGGUGAAGGAAUGGGAGGACUUCAAGAGAGUUGUAGAAUUCAAGCUUGUUGGUGAUGAUUGUGCAAAAACUGGGGGCAUUAUCAUUGUUCCAAACCCAAACAGCCCCGAGUUCCAAGAACUUGCUCGUUUUGCUGUUCAGGAUUAUAAUAAUACACAGAAUGCUCAUUUGGAGUUUGUAGAAAAUUUGAAUGUGAAAGAACAACUUGUUUCUGGAAUGAUGUACUAUAUAACACUUGCGGCAACUGAUGCCGGGAAUAAGAAAGAAUAUGAAGCCAAGAUUUGGGUGAAGGAAUGGGAGGACUUCAAGAAAGUUAUAGACUUCAAGCUUGUUGGUAAUGAUAGUGCAAAAAUUAUUGGGGGCUUUACCGAAGUUCCAUUCCCAAAUAGCCUCGAGUUUCAAGAUCUUACACGUUUUGCUAUUCACCAAUAUAAUAAGAACCAGAAUGCUCAUCUGGAGUUUGUAGAAAAUUUGAAUGUGAAAGAAGCAGUUGUUGCUGGAAUGUUAUACUACAUAACAUUUGUGGCAACAGAUGGUGGAAAGAUAAAAAUAUAUGAAGCUAAGAUUUGGGUUAAGGUAUGGGAGAACUUCAAGAAAGUUGUUGAAUUCAAGCUUGUUGGUGAUGAUAGUGCAAAGCCUGGGGGCAUUAUCAAUGUUCCAUUCCCAAACAACCCCGAAUUCCAAGAUCUUGCUCGUUUUGCUGUUCAAGAUUAUAAUAAGAAAGAGAAAGCUCAUUUGGAGUUUGUAGAAAUUUUGAAUGUUAAGGAACAAGUUGUUGCUGGAAUGAUGUACUAUAUAACACUUGUGGUAACUGAUGAUGCUGGAAAGACGAAAAUAUAUGAAGCUAAAAUUUGGGUGAAGGAAUGGGAGAACUUCAAGAAAGUCAUAGAAUUCAAGCUUUUUAUUGGUGAUGAUGUCCCAAUACUCGGAGGCAUUAUCAAUGUUCAAGGCAUAAACAGCCUUGUGUUCCAAGAUCUUGCUCGUUUUGCUGUUCAGGAUCAUAAUAAGAAAGAGAAGGCUCAUUUGGAGUUUGUAGAAGUUUUGAAUGUGAAGGAACAAGUUGUUGCGGGAAUGAUGUACUAUAUAACACUUGCGGCAACUGAUGCUGGAAAGAAGAAAAUAUAUGAAGCUAAGAUUUGGGUGAAAGAAUGGGAGGACUUCAAGAAAGUUGUAGAAUUCAAGCUUGUUGGUGAUGAUAUUGUAAAACUUGGGGGCAUUACUGAUGUUCCAUUCCCAAAUAACCCCGAGUUCCAAUAUCUUGCUCGUUUUGCUGUUCAAGAUUAUAAUAAGAAAGAGAAUGCUCAUUUGGAGUUUGUAGAAGUUUUGAAUGUGAAAGAACAAGUUGUUGCUGGAAUGAUGUACUAUAUAACACUUGUAGCAACUGAUGCUGGAUAUAAGAAAAUAUACGAGACCAAGAUUUGGGUGAAGGAAUGGGAGAAUUUCAAGGAAGUUCAGGAAUUCAAGCAAAUUGUUUAUGCCACAAAGUGAAAUGAAACUACUCUUAUGUUGGUGUGAAGGAAAGCCAGUUGUUUGGUAUGAAGUUACUAUUAUGCUUGUGUGAAAUAAAGCCAGUUGUUUGGCAUGCAAUUACUGUUAUGUUUGUGAAAAAUAAAGUCAGAUCUAUGUAUCUGACAGUAUUUGAAUGUCUUGUUGUAAGCAUAUUUGAAUAAUUUAAAGUUUGUAAGAUUAAUAAAUGUGUGUUUAUGUGAUGAUAAAUAUU